AGUCUACUACUCUCUCCCUCGUAUAAGGAUAUCUCUUUUAUCGCAACACAGCAGCAGCUACUGAGUGAGCGAACCAGCAAGAGAAAAACGCCAGAGACAAGUGGUGAGGAUUCUUCCCAUGGCGUCUUCGUCCCUUAAUCUCACUUCCUUUCGCCCUUCUCUCUCUUCUUUCAGAUGCUCGUCGGCUGCUCGUCAUGGUGUUUCGCUUACAGCAUAUAACCCCUCCCGAAGGCUUGCUCUCUUUCAUCUUGGAAGCGCAAUUCCACAGGCACAGCCUUUUGGUAUAAAAGCACCUACGAUGUUAAGAGCAGAUGGAAACAGCAUUGAGGCUGGCACAGUUGCAAAUAUGACACAAGAAAGCACUGCAGUUAGCCAGGAAAAUGUGUUGGAGUGGACCAAAAAGGACAAGAGGAGAAUGCUCCAUGUUGUUUAUCGUGUUGGGGACUUGGACAAGACCAUAAAAUUCUAUACGGAAUGUCUUGGGAUGAAGCUGCUCCGGAAGCGUGACAUACCUGAGGAGAGAUAUACAAAUGCCUUUCUUGGAUUUGGGCCUGAAGACUCCCACUUUGUCAUUGAACUCACUUAUAAUUAUGGAGUUGAUAGGUAUGACAUUGGAACUGGUUUUGGCCAUUUUGGAGUUGCAGUUGAGGAUGUUGCCAAGACUGUGGAUCUCAUAAAAGCUAAGGGUGGGAAGGUAACAAGAGAACCUGGACCUGUCAAAGGUGGUAGUACAGUAAUUGCUUUUGUCGAGGAUCCUGAUGGUUACAAAUUUGAGCUUUUGGAAAGGGGACCAACACCUGAGCCACUGUGUCAAAUAAUGCUUCGAGUUGGUGAUCUUGAUCGUUCUAUAAAUUUCUAUGAGAAGGCUUUUGGCAUGCAACUUCUCUGCAAACGGGAUAAUCCUGAGUAUCAGUAUACAAUAGCCAUGAUGGGCUAUGGUCCUGAAGAUAAAAAUGCAGUGUUGGAGUUGACAUAUAAUUAUGGAGUCACUGAAUAUGACAAAGGAAAUGGUUAUGCACAGGUAGCAAUAAGCACAGAUGAUGUCUAUAAGACUGCUGAAGCAAUUAAACUGUGUGGUGGGAAGGUCACUCGAGAACCUGGGCCAUUACCUGGCAUCAACACCAAAAUUACUGCCUGCUUGGAUCCUGAUGGAUGGAAAACAGUUUUUGUUGAUAACAUUGAUUUUCUGAAAGAACUUGAGUGACUCUGGAAAUGUCAUCAUAUGACCAAGUUUGCCGUGGCUGAAUCAGUGAAGAGGUUCAUUAUGGGUUUGUCCAUGAAAAGCUGACACUGCCAAAUUGAUUCAUCCACAAGCACUGCAUAAGAGAUAACAUCAACCUUUUUGUAGAUAAAAUCGGUUUGCCUAAUGUAGAAAGUGUUGUAAUAAACAUCUUUCUAGCCAAUGGAUUGACAAGAGAUUAGAAAGUUUGAUAUAUUUAUUUAUUUAUCUGUUGUGAAGUUGAAAUCUUGUCAAUAGUCUUCCAGCAUGUCCAGUUCCCUGACUUCUUACUUAACUUAGCAUAUUGGUGCUGGAAUCUAGCAUUCUCUGUAUUCCAUCAA